UAAGCAUGGCCACAGCUGCCUCGAAUCCCUACAGCAUUAUCAGUUCCAACUCUAUGGUUCACGCAGACUCCUCGGUCAUGCAACAAGGGAGCCCUUUCAGGAACCACCAGAAACUUCUCCAAAGUGAGUACCUACAGGGAGUCCCAAGCAAUGGUCACCCUCUUGGCCACCAGUGGGUGACCAGUUUAUCGGAGGGAAGCCCAUGGUCAGCGUCUUUGGCGGGCAGUCCUCUGGAGCAGCAGGACGUGAAACCCGGACGGGAAGACCUCCAACUCGGAGCCAUCAUUCAUCACAGGUCUCCUCAUGUCGCCCAUCACUCGCCCCAUACAAAUCAUCCAGGUGCAUGGGGAACGCCGGUGUCUCAUAACUCAUCUAUAAACAGCGGCGGACAGCCUAUCAACAUCUAUUCACAGGCAGGCUUCACGGUCAAUGGCAUGCUGGAUCACGGAGGUCUGACGCCUCCCCCGAACGUUGCCCAGACCCAGAGCUUACAUCCAGGGCUGAGAGACACUCCGGAUCACACCGACAUCGGGGGGCACCACUGCCACGACCACUCCGACGAGGAGACGCCGACAUCGGACGAGCUGGAGCAGUUCGCCAAACAGUUUAAGCAGCGGCGCAUCAAGCUGGGGUUUACGCAAGCAGACGUUGGGCUCGCACUGGGCACUUUGUAUGGCAAUGUUUUCUCGCAAACGACUAUUUGUAGGUUCGAAGCCCUGCAGCUGAGUUUUAAGAACAUGUGUAAGCUGAAGCCCUUGUUGAACAAGUGGCUGGAGGAAGCGGACUCGUCCACGGGCAGCCCAAGUAGCAUCGAUAAAAUCGCCGCGCAGGGGAGGAAAAGAAAGAAAAGAACCUCCAUUGAGGUGAGCGUGAAAGGGGUGCUCGAGACGCACUUUCUUAAAUGUCCCAAACCCGCAGCCCAGGAGAUAUCUUCUUUGGCAGACAGCCUGCAGUUAGAGAAGGAGGUGGUUCGCGUCUGGUUUUGUAACAGACGACAAAAAGAGAAAAGAAUGACUCCGCCGGGAGAGAAUCAGCCGCACGAGGUAUAUUCUCACAACGUUAACACGGACAACUCUUCGUGCCACGAUCUCUGACCGAGGAACCAGGAUCCACCCCCGUGAGACUCUAUGAGACAAAUUGGAAUCUAGUGGCUUUUUAAAUUAUGAGUAUUCUUUUUUUAAAAUCGCACUAUCCUUAUCUCUCGCUCCCUCUCUGUGAUGGUAAGAUGGUGACAAUUAGGCACUGAGAAAGAAAACAACAAUGCAGCAUAUCUCAAGCAUUUUGGCAAUAUAUCUUGACAAACCAUGAUUGUUUUAUUUCAGAAAAGGAACCUGUUUAUUACCAAAAUUGAGUUUUUAAACCUCCAGGUUAAUGGAUUUAAAUAGCCUACAAAAAUCGUGCCUAGUAAUAACCUCUCUGCGCCUUGGUUCUCAAAACAUACAUUUAUAUCAGGUGAAGCAGCUAUAAUUUUUGGGAAACAUUUUGUAAUAGUUUGCGCGUUUCUCGUUAUUUUUGAGGGUGCUGCUUGGCUGUUAAAUUCAAAAAGCUGCAUUGCAUUUAUAUAUACAACAUGAUUUUCAAACGAACUAGAAUAAUAGGAAAGAAGGGCAAAUAACGCUGUAGGUCUAGUUUAUUUAUUUAUUGUUUUCAGUCAGAUGAUUUUUUACGUGCCACUGACUGCAACAUUGCUGCAAUGCUUUAGGUGGCCAUUUUAAUACAUUUUACGAGACACCUACCACAUCACAAGACACCUUACUAGUUGCACCUAAAGCUUUUUCUGUACAUUUAUUUGUAUUGUCUGUUUUUCUGUUUCAUUCCAGAAUGUGUUCUGCCAGUGACGUCUGCCUGUUUAUUUUACCACCUGAUAAACACAACCAAUACAUUAAUAUUUAUAAUCUUGGCCUAAACUAACAACCAGAAAACACAUUGAGAGAAGUUACUUCAAUCAGAACAACUCUUCCAAAAUAAUAUUGUAUUCCAGUAAGCAGCGCACACGUAUCCAUGCUUUUAUGGUUUCCUAUGUUAACACGAAAAUUGAUAUUUAGUCAUACCCUUGACCAUAUUACUGUGUUAGAUAUUUGGCACAAAACAGCCGUAAGAUAUUGCCAAUAUAAAAGCGUUGCGGUGCAUUGUUUUAUUGUACACGCUCAAUAUCCUAUCUAUAAAGUUUUAUAAUAUCCAAUGCUCCAGUAUUUCAUCUUUCUUUAAUAUUCUUCCAAUUUGCUAUUGUACAGUUUUGUAUAUUACAACUUUUGAAGUUAAUUUAAAUAAAUACUGUUUAGUUUAUUCAUGCACUUAGUGAUGUAAAAUAAAUGCUAUUUUCAUUACAAAGUUGACGUUUUCAGGCGUUUUAUUCCAAAUACGACAGCAAGUUCCAGCAGUUAUUUAUUUUCAUUAUAAAACUUGUAUUAUGUUUUUGAAACAAAAUGUAAAGCGGUUAUCAAUAUGUAUGUUGGAAUAAAAACAACUUGUUAAAA